UUCUUUCACACACGGCCGUUGGGCGUUGGCGGGUGGAGGACCACGGCAGGGGUUGCCACAGCAAGUGCCCUGCAGCGUGGGCUGGGUCCUGGUCCCUAAAACAGAGAAGCCGCUCUGGGCCCACGAGGAAGCUGUCCAUGCUCCGCUGAGCACGGCCGGUGUCAUGCCGCUGCCACUCCUCCUGCUGCUGGUCCUCCUGGGCCCCAGCCUCCAGCAGAUCCCGGCGGAUGGGAUCGAGGAUGACCUGGAAGACUACGAUGAGGCGAAUGGCACGGACCCUCCAGACACGCUUGAAACUAUCACAGCGGGUGUGACCCUGAGCCCCGAGCUUCAGGCUGCGAUGGGAACGUUGGGGCAGAGAGAGUCUGCAGGGCCUGGUUCCCCCGAGCCAGCCACUCCGGAGGUGACCACAGGGGACUCUGGUGGCCUGGAUGCCAGAGGGGCAACCCCUGGGAAGCUCAGCAUGGAAUUGGCCUCACAGGGGGUUCCUGUCACACCGGGCCCUCUGACCACAGACCUGGGCACUACAAUCCCUCCCAUCACGGAGGCUCUAUCCACAGAGGGGGCUCCAUCCACAGAGCUGGCCACCACGGAGGCCUUGCCCACAGAGCCACUGACCACACAACCUGCAGCCAUGGAGGCCCUGUCCACAGAGCCACUGACCACGCAACCUGCAGCCACGGAGGCCCUGUCCACAGAGCCACUGACCACGCAACCUGCAGCCAUGGAGGCCCUGACCACAGAGCCACUGACCACGCAACCUGCAGCCAUGGAGGCCCUGACCACAGAGCCACUGACCACGCAACCUGCAGCCGCGGAGGCCCUGUCCACAGAGCUGGCUACCACAGCGGCCCCUCCCACGGAGCCCACUACCACAGAGACCCUGUCCAAGGAGCCAGCCACCACGAAGGCGCUGUCCACAAGGGGUCUCUCCACGGCCUUUCUCGUGCUGUCUGAUCCUCACGGGGGCACCACCGUGGCCGCCAGCAAUUCAUCGGACGCCUUCAUCAAACAGGGGAAGAGCAGCCAGGGCCUCUCGCCGCCGAGCUCCGCGUCCCCCAGCCCCACGAAGGGCCCGGAUUUCAUGCCCGUGAAGCACUGCCUGCUGGCCAUCCUCAUCCUGGCGCUGGUGGCCACCACCUUCCUGGUGUGCACCGUGGUGCUGGCCGUCCGCCUCUCCCGCAGGAACCACAUGUACCACGUGCGCAGCUACUCGCCCACUGAGAUGGUCUGCAUCUCCUCCCUGCUGCCCGAGGGCGGGGAGGCGCCCGCCGCCACCGCCAACGGGAGCCUGCCCGCCGCCAAGGGCCCGGGCCUCCUGGAAGCGCCCGGGGAGGACCACAAUGGGGAUGACCUUACCCUGCACAGCUUUCUCCCUUAGCGCCCCUGCCCGCGCCCCUGAGCAGGACCCCGGCUCCUGGCCGCUCCCUCCGCGGCCACCACCCAGCGCUCGGGCCCUGGGCCACCCGUCUGGGCUUCCUCCGAGCCCCUGGGGGAGGGAUCUCUAGGGCAGGACCCUGGCCACUCCAACCGGACCGAGGGCGCAGGCCUCUCCUUCCUCCUGGCCGCUGGAGUCUCAUUCCCACGAGCCCAGGGGAGACUCAGGUCCCCUGCCCUCACCCACUGCUCUCGUCUUCUGGUUGCCAAUCAUCAUGCAUUUGGGGGGGUGGGUCCUGAGGAGCGUGGGGUUCCUGAGACCACUCUGCGGUACCCCGCUGGGGGCAGCUGGGGUGUUCUCAGCUACCCCUCUGGGGAGCCCAGGGUGAGGCCUUUUUUUUUUUUCUUUCUUUCUGAGUUUCCACUAUUUUUAAAAAAAUAGUUCUUUAUUGUUGAAAGUAUUACAUAUGUCCCCUUUCUCCCCUUGCCCGUGAGGGCCGGGGCAGGCUGCAUGGGCCAGCGAGCUCCCUGCUGGUGACAGAGUAACCCCCCAUCCUGCCUUCUCUCGCCUUCCCCUGUGUCCCAGGUUCCGCUGGGCUCUGUCUCAUUCCCCGGAGUACCCCAUGUCCUGCUGCCCAGCCCAGACCCAGUACUUGGUACAUUUUUAAAAAUAUAUGUUUUUUAUUGAUUUCAGAGAGGAAGGAAGAGGGAGAGAGAGAGAAAUAUCAGUGAUGAGAGAGAAUCAUUGAUCAGUUGCCUCCUGCAUGCCCCACACUGGGGAUCGAGCCCACCCAGGCACGUGCCCUGACUGGGAAUCGAACCGUGACCUCCUGGUUCAUAGGUCGACGUUCAACCACUGAGCGUGGCCACACUCGGUAAAUAUUUGAUGAACAUGAGCUGGCUGAAUGCUUCGAGACAUCAAGGUGCCUCCUUCAGGUGGGGGGUCGGUCCUUCCCCCCCAGUCCAUCCCCCUCAGGAAGCCCCAUGCACAGGCUGUUGGGUUAACAGUAUUGUGUCUUGGGCACAGGGUUGGGGGGUGGGGUUGGGGUGGGGUAGUGGGGAGGGCAUCUUGGUAUAUCCCUGUGCAGCUGGGGAAGGUUUCAGGCCGUUUGGGGGUAAGGUAAGGGACCUCUUUAUUCAAAUCCCCCUUUGACCCAGUUCUGACCUACAGAAUUGCCCCCCCACACACAAAUCUCAGACAAGUCUAUGCAUCAACGCCAGCCCCCCCAGGACCCCACCGUGUCCUCUCCGUCCCACUUGGGGCCGGAUUCCCAUUAACACCCAGGACCCACCCACUCCUCCCGCAGACUUCAUGGCUUUUGUCCAGCUCCCAGGAGUACCGACUAGCUGUCAUUUAAAAGUUCGGGGCCAGCGGACUUUUUCUUAAAGGGCCAGGCAGGAAAUAUUUUAGGUUUUGCGGGCAGCAGGGUCCCUGUUGCAACUUCUCAACUCCCUUAUCAUACCCAAUGCAGCGCCACGAUGGAUACUGUUGUGAAUAAAUGGGGUUGGCUGGGUUCUAAUAAAACUUUAUUUAUAAACAA